GUGAAAAUCUAAAAUAAUAUUAUAGGUAUAGGUAGUUUAAAGUUUUACAUCGGACGUGUAAAUAGCAACUGCCUUUUAUAGUAUAUGAUGGCAUCCUUUGGGAAAGUAUUGUGUGGUACGUUUUUCACCAAAACCAGUCUACCGGUGUUGAGAUGUUACCAGAUGUGCACAGUUAAACGGUAUUUAAGUCAAUCGAAAAACAUCAGUAACCUAAAUCUUCAGACAUGCAGAAUACCGGUGACGGUUAUGCGGCAUUACAGUGUCAAGCCACCGAUGACUAUUGAACAAAUUAAAAAACGUAUCCUAUUGGUAUUACAAUUAUACGACAAGGUCAAUCCAGAUAAGCUUAGUCUUGAAUCACAUUUUAUCAAUGAUCUUGGAUUAGAUUCAUUAGAUCAUGUUGAAGUUAUCAUGGCCAUAGAAGAUGAAUUUGGUUUUGAAAUACCUGAUGAAGAUGCCGAAAAGUUGCAUAGACCUAAAGAUAUUGUACAAUAUGUGUGUGACCGUGAAGAUAUUUAUGAUUAAAUCAUUCAGUCCUAUAAUAUAUAUCUAAAUGUACUAAAUGUAGUUUUUCCAAAUAUUAUAACAACUCAUUGGAACAGCAACAUUGAUUUGUUAUUUUUUUAACAAUAUAAGUAUAGUAAGUUUUGAAAAACUUUAUUUGUCUGAAAUAGGUAAAUUUUUUUGCUAUUAUUAAUAUUAUUUAGUUAUAAACAAACUUAGUUAAUUUUUUAUGAAAAUUCUUUGUAGUAUUAAAACACCCAAUAAACAUACAUUUUGCGUAUAA